UUGACUGAGGCACAGGUCUGGAGUUUCAGCUGGUUUAUCAAGUUGCGACUCCCCACAUUGGCUUCAUGAAGCCAACCAGAUCUAAUGGAUUCAAUAUAAUCUGUAGUUUGUACCAUGUGAAACUUGACGGUUCUCCAAUUUUGAGGAUGUUUUAUAUAACAAUUGACUAAUUAUACCACUCCAUAUUUUUCACAGUACUGGUCUUGUGGUGAAUUGCCUGAGAAGUUGGCCAGUCCAUGUCUCCAUCUCAAAACCCUCUGAGUGAGAAGGAGAUUUCAAUCAUUCUGUGCCUCUUAAGAAGUUGCCCGAAACUACAUGGAUUACUACUCGUACCUCGUCAAUCCAGCAGACAGGGAAAUGCUGAUGCAGGAUAUGGCUUCUGGGAACGCCACCGUUCACCUUGUCCAUCACUGCAAUUACGGGUGGCGGCAAUUUUUGGGAUUUUAGGCACUAGGUUGGAACUCGGGCUCAUUAGGUUUGUACUAGAAAAUUCCCCAUUCUUGAAAAAGAUAUUCACUGCAGGGCCGUCUCCGGCUCCUUCCACAUCCCAGUUACUAAAAGACUUGUUGCAGAUCGAGAGAGCCUCACCUUGUGCCCAAGUCGUACAUCUGGAUGCUAAGGACACCAUCGGGGACAAGCUUGGGCAGACAUUUUUGUCCCUUCACAACGAUUAGUAUCUUAAUACUUAGGGUCUGUUGACCUUGUCACUUUAAUUGAAGCUGAAGCAAGGUAUUAAUGGUGCGUUUGGAUUCA